AUGUCUGAACAAGAAUUAGAGAAAAAAACUUGUUAAGAACAUAAAAAUUUUGAAAUAAUUGCUGUCGAAUAUUCAUAAUCAGAAUAAUAAGUUAUUAAAUCUUUAUGUGUAAACUGUCUUAUAUAAAUGAUUGGAAAUAAAAAUAUUUUAUUGUAUGAUAAGCUUAUAGAAUUGAUUAAAGAGAAGAGGAAUAAAUGCGAUAAGGAAAUUAAGGAGAAAACUCAAGAAAGAGUUAAUUAUAUGAAUGAACUCUAAUAAUCUUUUUCAAAGCUUGAUUAAAUUAUGAAGGGAGCAAUUGCUGAAUUGUAAAAUAAUCUUGGUCAAAAAAUAUCUGAAAGUUAGAAAGAAAUAGAAUAAAGAGAUUCAUAGAUCGACUCUACAAAUUUGGAUGAAAAUAUUUAAACACUAUUAAGUACUUCUGGGGUUAAUGAUGAAAAAUAAAAAUAAACAUAAAAAUAGGAGUCAGACAUAAUUAAAGAUUUAUUAUUCUUAAUUAAAAAGUAGCUUCAGGAAAUACCAGCUACAUAAGAAUACUAAUAAAUAAUUUAAUUGAUUAAAAAAAUAGAAUAAUCAUUUUAGAUUAAAUUAGAGCCAAUAAAGAUGGAGGCGAUUGUAAUUAUAUAAAAUUAUAUAGAAAACUCCAAGUUUAAAGUAGAUUUGUAAUAAACAUAAAAAAGAGAUAAUUAUGAUUGAUUUAAAUCCAAAUGAAUCAUAAAAUAGAUUUGCAUGUGUAUAAUGUGUAUAAGAAUGUCCUAAUAAAUAUGUUGGAUUAAUAGAAGUAGUUGAGAGAUUACGUAAAUAUACAGAUGAAUAAUGCGAUAUCAAUAAAGAUUACAAUACUAAAAGAAAAGAAAGAUUUUGCAAAGCCAAUCAAAUGCUUUUAGAUUUGAAAUAGAAAUACAAUUAAGUAAUCUCUGAGAUUAUUUAAUCUCUUGAUUCAUAAUUUUUAUAAGAUGAUUCCUUGAAAUAGAAUAAUAAUUAUGAAAAUAUAAGUUUCAAUAUUUAGGAUUUAGAAUAACAAGAAAUCUAAAAUGUUGUAGAUAUUUUGUGUUAAGAAGAUUAGCAUGCAAAUCUAAAAUAGAAAUUAGAAAAACAAGAUUAAGAUGACUCAAAAGUUUAUUAAGAAUUAGAGAAAGGUUUAGAAAGUCUUAUGCAAUAUGAUAUUUUAACAAUUCAUAAUUUAAUGAAUACUCUAAAUAAUAAUCAAUUAGAAUUAUUAAAUAUAGGGGAUUUUAUUUAAAAAAAUCAAAGUAAUACUAAAUUAGAUGAUAAUUCUUUCAUUAAAUACUUCUAAAUAUUAUAAGAAUAUAUCAAUAUAAUUGAUAAAUCCUUUGAAUUUUAUUUGAAUUUACAAAAAUAGGUAGAUGAAAGAAAUUAAGUAGAUUCUUAGUCAUAAAGAUUUUAAGAAGAAUAUAAAAAAUUUUAGUUUAAUUCAACUAAAAUGAAAACAUAUAUCAUGGCUGAAGAAAAUGAAAAAUAAUUGAAAGUAUUAUAAGAAGAAACCUAGUAAUAAAAAUCAAAGUUAUAGGAAGAUAGUAAAUAAAUUGAAUAAUUGUAAGUACAAUCAAGUUAAUUAAAUGAUGAAUUAAAUUAAUUGAAAUAAAAAUAAAAAGAACUUUAAGACAAAUUAACGUAGGAAUCUUUAGAAAAAGAAAAUUCAUAAAUAAAAUUGAAAGAAUUUGAAAAUAAAAAUUAAUAAUUGUAAUAAUCUGUUGAAGUUUAUGAAAAGAAAACAAAUUCAUUGAGUGAAACUAUUGAUAAAACAAAAAAGAGUUUAGAGGAAACAACAUCUACAUUAAAAAGUAAAGAAUUAGAAUUGGCAAACUAUUCAAAAAAUCAUGAUGAAUUAUUAAAAGAAUUAAAAUGUGUUUAUUAAUUUGUAAAUAUUAAAUGGGAAAGUGGAACAAAUACUAUAUUAAGAAAUGAUUAUUUUAACUUUAUACUAAGCUAAAUUGAAAAAAAAAUGAAUAAAAAAAUUAAAAACCAAUAUUUGAUAUAUUCUGGAUAAAAACAUGGAUUAAAUAGUGAGGCAUUUUGGAAAUGUAUUAAUAAGACAUCUAAUUUAUUAAUGAUAUUCAAAUCUAAAAGUGGAUAUAUUUUUGGUGGGUUUUCUCCUUGUUAAUGGAUUUAAAUUGGUGGAGCUUUUACUGAAGAUAAUACAAUGUCAUCAUUUUUAUUUUCUUAGACUCAUGAUUAAAUAUAUUCAUUGAAAGAAGUAAAUAAAUAGUAUGCUAUUUAUUGUCAUCAAUCAUUUGGACCUACUUUUGGUAAUGGUCAUGAUUUACAAAUUGGUUAAGAUUUUUAAUCUGGUUAUUCUAAUUUAGGAUACCAUUAUUAAUGGGAUGGAUAUUAAUUUACUAAUAGUACACAUUUAUUUGGUUAACUCACUCCAAAUAUAGAAUAAUGCGAGAUAAUAAUGUUAACAUAUGCAUGA